AUGCCACGCAAGCCUAUAAAUUCUAGCCAACGGGACGGCAAUUCGUGGAUUCCUCUCUUCGUUGAUUGCCGCAAGCACACUGGUUGGAUUUGGACUAUCGUUUCAUCAGGUCAUUCCUUACUUACGGGUUCUUGGGACGGCACAUUGCUGCAGUGGGCCCUGUCCUCCUCGGGAUUGCAGCUGCAGACGGCAUACAAAUUGUCUGCUCAAGUGCUGUGCUCUGCUUUUAUGGAUCCACAUACAGUAGCCGUUGGAGCGAACCACUGGGUGCACAUCAUUGAUAUACGAGCACCGCCUCUUAGCCAAACAGGCAUUCGUUUACUUCACAAGAAGGCUGUGUUGUGUAUGGACUGUCGAAACAGCGGCUCACCUGCUGCACUUCCCUACGAUACAGGCACGUGGAACUGGGGCGGCUUUCCUGCCAGUGGAGAUUGUAUAUCUUCAUGUAAUGAAUCUCUUUCGGAUCUGUCUUCCAUCGGUGCCAGUUUGGAGGACUUACCCUCUCUAUUGGGCUUAAUUGAAAUCGACCCCGACGUUCAACCAGAGGAAUCUUCAGGCGACAAACCAAGCGUCAGUUUAGAUCCUUCGAUGCCAAACACCGUUCCUUCAUUGCCUUCAGAGGGCCCUUGCGUAUCGUCAGUGGUUUCGUCGGCAAUUUCCCUCUUCACCGGUAGCAAUGAUCGCACAUUGUCUGGGUGGGAUUUACGCAACCCUUCGAAGGCGGUGAAGAGUUAUCAGUUUUCCAACUAUCCCCGGAAAAUGUCCUUGAUGGACGAUGAUGAAUUGUGGGUGGCGGAACCCCCAGGCCGUAUCCACGUGUUCGAUGUGCGUGAGGGUCGUCUGGACUGCGUACACGUGAGUUUUACUGCUGUUGCAUUGUCGUUCAUCCAGCUGCCGCUAUCAUCGCAUGCGAUCUGUGCGCCGAUUCUGUACCCUAUGAAUCCGAAGCAAAUUGUCAACAGGACACCACUAUUAUUAUACUCUGGUGAUGAUUCACUGUCGGGCUAG